UAAAGCUUUGGUCACACUGCUCUGUUUGCGAUAAAAUUUGGGAAAACGACUUUUCGCCAUGGAAAAUAUGUUUAUCAAUUAAGGCGCCAAAGUCUAAGGAGCUCCCAAAAUGAGUCUCAGCCUAGGGGGAUGGAUCCACAGCUUCACCGUCACCGACACACAGGAGCACAAAGGCGGUUACACGAUUUACAAAAUCACUUCGAUUGUCUUCCCGAGGUCUGUGCCCCAGGCUUUGACCUGCCUGGUUGUCUGGAAGCGAUUUCACGACGUGAAGCGGCUACAUCGAGAGCUGAGUCGGCGGCACAAGAGUCUCCAGCUGCCCGGAAAAUUGCCCGUGCCGACGGAUAGCUCUUAUUUCAAGCGAUUCGAUGUAGCAGUUAUCCAGCGGCGCAAGGAGUACAUCCUGCAGCUACUGGAUUUUGCCGCUCAACAUCCGGCAUUGUACAAGUGCUCAACCUUCACUCAGUUUUUCCAAGAGACGCCAUCGCCCAAUGGAUCCCCGCUCAAAAAGCUGUAUGUGGAGCGAUCCCUUCGGCUGCAAACGGCGGAAAGUAGCUGCAAUGCAGGUGGAGAAAAAGUAACGGGAGCUGGUGCCAUAGCCGACAUUUGCGAUAAACUCGAUUUGCCCUAUGACCCUAACGAUGCAGGAGGCAUUACGCCUCUAGAUGCGCGAUGCGAUAAGGAGCAAAGCAAGAAUGAUGAUUUCCAUGCCAACGAAUCUAAAAUUGAAAUGGAAACGAAACAGGAAUCCAAGCCGGAUGAGGUUUCUUCCAAGCGGGAUUAUCUCCGUCUUCUAACACCCAUGGCCUCCAUAGAAAGCGAUGACAGCGACUACAUCUACGAGGCUGCUCUUGAGUUCAGCCAUGCCGUGCAAGCAGAGGUCAAUCUGGAGUACGCGGAAGCCCAUGAGCGGUACAAGCAUGGAGUGGACCUAUUACUUAAUGGAGCCAAACAGGAUGCCAACGAAGAGCGUAGAUUUAUAGCCAAGGCCAAGAUAGCCAAGUAUUUGGCCCGAGCCGAAGAGAUACAUGCCAAUUUUUUAGCUAACAAUUGCCCGACGAAGAAGCUACAGUUCCAACUCUCAUUGGACUUGACAGACGGCGGAAGUGUGGCCAACUUGGAGUGCCCCUGGAACCAGUUGGCCCGCUACAAGGUGCUGCAGGUGCUUCAAGAGCGAGUGAUGCAAGUGCAGUGUGUUACCACAUCCCAGCAGCCAGCUGCCAUUAUGAAAGGCAUCGAGAAACCGGCCAGUCACUCACUCACUCAGAGCAUCUUUCUGCCCCAACAAGUGCCUUAUAUGGUUCAGCUGCUGGCCUAUUUCCAGUCAGAACAAAAGAUCUUCCUGCUGUUGCGUCAAGCGGAGGGCGGCAGGCUAUACGAUUAUUUGCAAAGCUACUCGCCCACGGGCAGCAAAAGUUUUAAUUACGGGGAGCUGUUUCCUUCGGAUCAGGAGCAGAAGGAUAAGGAAGAAGAGGAGACGCCUCUUACCGCGGACAGUGAGGUCAGUGAUUUGGUUCGCAGCUCUCAGCAGCUGUUGAAGUCUGUGACAAAUACACUAAGUAACCUGCAAGCCGGUGUCGUAACGCCCAAAAAACAAAAGGCAGAUGUAAAUCGCAUCCGAAACAAACCCAUUCCAGAGCAGUGUUUGCGUCAGUGGGCCUGCGAGCUUGCCAUUGCCAUACACAGUCUCCACGGCAAGGGUGUGAUCUUGCGAGAUCUGCACAUGGCCAAUAUAUUGCUUGGUGCCAAAGGUCAAUUGCUUUUGACUUAUUUCUACCAGAAUGAAGGUCUAAGUUCAGAUGACAACUACGUGCACAAGGCCCUAAGCUUAGACGCUUUGGCCAAUCACUUUGUGGCCCCAGAGAGACCGCUGACCUUCCGCUCGGAUUGGUGGAGCUAUGGCGUUGUGCUUUAUCAGCUUUUGCUAGGAGUGCCUUACAAAGUUACUCAUCCAGGGCAGCUGGAACUCUAUGGUUGUGUUCAGUAUCCCGGCGAAUCCUUGGAUAUCUCCGAUCAUGCUAAGGAUCUUUUGGAACAGCUGCUUCAAUUAACUCCGGAGCAUCGCUUGGACUACGAGCAAUUGCAUUCCCAUGAUUUUUUCAAAGGAAUCGAUUGGCAGUCAGUUUUGGAACAGGGAAAUGUGUCCUCGUGAGAAUGGCACCUAUUUGUUUUUGCUUACAAAUAUUUUUGCUUAUGAAUCUAUGAAGUAUUUUAUUAUUUAUUGCCGUACCUGACAGAGGUAUUAAGGAAGUUCCUCUGUGAUUAUCAUCUUUGUCCUAAAUUUGUUGUAAUUUUGUUGUCCUUAAACGAAUCUGAUUUACUUAUUAUUCUCAUUAAAGUUCGACUUUAUUAUGAA